AGAAGAAGAUAGACUCGUUCGAAAAGUUCGCCGGUUCCUCUGAUGUACACAAAUUCAUCAAGCUCCGCUAUCCGGCUACUGGAACCGGUGUCUCCCUUCGAUGCACUUACGCUCUCGUUGCCGAUCCGGCUGUAGACCACAAAGCCCGCGCGGGCUUAGUUGCUCAAGAGUUGAGGCAGAAAACGUCGUUGUCAUUCGGCACCCUAGUCCAUCAUAAAUAUCGCACAUCAACCUCGUAUACUCUCGUUAUGAAGUGCACUUGCUCUCCCCCGGGAGAAAUCAAGCGCGCCAGCAGUGACAUUUUCCUCCACUUUGCGGCUUUGUCAAACAAGAUGCAUUCGUCAGUCAAGUCAGGCUCAUCCAUAAACGAAUGCUCCGGUCGAGUGAAGAUCCGCGUCGAGGAAGACAAAUCCCAUCCUCGCUGGAUCGGCCAGCGAGUCAAAAUCUUCAUCGAUCAUCCGCGCUGACUGGAAAACCUCUGAACGCCGCAUACGAAUGUCAUACAUAUCCUACAUUACCCAAUGUUCCUUGCUACUUACCUGUACCGUACCGCCUGCCCAUUACUUGCUAUGCUUUUGCACGAAUCGCACUAUCUCCUCGACGACCCGCUCGCUCUGCUCCUGUUGCACCCAGUGCCCCGCCCCCUCGACGAGAACGAGCGCGUCGAAGUGGGCGCACGCGGACUCGCGCAUCGCUUCGACACCGCCGGGACGCUGGUACGUCCCCCAGUCCUCUUUGCCCGCGAGGAACAUGGCGGGAACGACGAUCUGCAUCCCCGCAAACAGCUCGAGAUCCGCCUGCCAGUCACGGC